AUCAAACCAUAAAUCUGAUGAUCUCUGUGGGAGGACAAACAGUCGAGAGAAUCUGAGAGAACCAUGUGUAGCCCAAUGUCAGAACCUAUUUGUUUGGUGGAAAAUGUGGAUGGUUCCCUGUGUGUAAAUGCUGGUGCAGUAGAGCACCUGUCCAAGUAUGACCAGCCAGUGGUGGUGGUGUCUGUGGUGGGAUUCUAUCGCACAGGAAAGUCCUACCUCUUGAACCGCUUGGCAGGCAAACAAACAGGCUUUGCUCUGGGCAGCACCAUUGAGUCGAAGACUAAAGGUAUUUGGAUGUGGUGUGUCCCGCACCCCUAUAAUGCUGGACAAACUCUUGUGCUGCUGGACACUGAGGGACUGGGGGAUGUUGACAAGGGAGACUCGAAAAAUGAUGCCUGGAUCUUUUGUCUAGCUGUUCUUCUGAGCAGCACUCUAGUCUACAACAGCCGUGGAACCAUCGACAACACAGCAGUGGAAAAACUACACUAUGUCACUGAGCUUGCAGAGCAGAUUAGGAUCAAAUCACCUUCAUCCAGAGCAGCUGAGGAAGAGGAUGAAGAAGACUUUACAUUUGUGCAGUUUUUUCCUAACUUUAUCUGGGCAGUGCGUGAUUUUUCUUUGGAGCUAGAGCUUGAGAAAAGGGGCCAAGUGACUGAGGAUGAGUACCUGGAUUUUGCCCUCCAGCUGAAGAAAGGUCUUAGUAUGAAAAACACCAACUACAAUCUUCCAAGGCAAUGCAUUCGAAACUAUUUUCCAACCAGGAAGUGCUUUGUUUUCCCGUUUCCUGCCUCCCAGGAAAAAAUGGUUUGUUUAGAGAGCCUGGAUGAGAGUGAAAUUGUUCCCAAAUUUUUGGCUGCCACAAAGCAAUUCCGUGACUACGUCUUUGCUGCAAGCAAAGUUAAAACACUUAAAGGAGGAUACAGAGUUACAGGAAGAAUCUUUGGUCACCUCGUGCAGUCAUAUGUGGAGACAAUUUCUAGUGGAAAAGUCCCUUGUCUGGAGAACGCUGUGGUUGUAAUGGCACAGAUUGAAAACCAGACAGCUUUGGAGGAGGGACUUGAGGUCUAUCAGAGUGGAAUGGAACAGGUGAAAAGUUUGUUCCCAGUCAAUUUGAACACAUUAUCUGCUGAACACCAGAAGAUGAGCAACGUGGCCAGCACUGAGUUUAUGAAGCGCUCUUUUAAGGAUGAAGGCCAGGAAUACUUCAACAAACUGAUGGAGGCAGUAGAUAAGCACUAUGCUGAGCUAAUUACUCAGAACAUGGAGGCAUCAGAUAAGAAGUGCCAGCUGAUUCUGUCUGAUCUAUAUGAGAAGAUGAAUGAGGGAGUGCAGCGGGGGGAGUAUGCAAAGCCUGGAGGAUAUAAGCUCUAUUGCACACACAGAGACAAUGUCAUUACCCAGUACAACAGUCAUCCUGACAAGGGAAACCAGGCUGAUGCGGUAUUGGAGAGGUUUAUGAGUGAGAAAAGUGUGGAGGCAAAAAUAAUUCUCCAGACUGAUGAACAACUGACUGAAUGUGAGAAAAAGGUUCAGGAAGAGAAAGAGCAAGCAGCAGUGUUGGAACAGCAGUGUAAAGCAGAACAGAAAAGAAAUCUGGAACUGGAACAGUUAAUGCAGGAGGAAAAAGCGAACCAUAAGCAAAGGAUGCAACAGCUGGAGAUGAAGUUUGAGGAGGAGAGGCUUCAGCAGCAGCAGGAGCUAGACAGAGCGGUGGAAAGCAAAAUGGCUGAACAAAAUGAACUACUAACAAAAGGGUUUCUAGAGAAAGCCCAGGUGCUAGAGCUUGAAAUUGAGCAGCUUAAAAAAGAAAAGGAUAAACAGUCUGACAAUUUUUUUAAAAAUUACAUCAUGCCGAUCGUAGACAUUGCCAGAGAUGUGUUUUCCAUAGUGCUUCAGUACGAACUCAUGAAAAAAACUUAUAGUAAAGCUUCCAUAAAAGAGUAAAAAGCAAUUAUAAGA